AUGGUUCACACUUUCAAGAACCCCGAUCUUUUCAGACCACGGCCUUUUAUCAAUGGUGAUUGGCUUGAGUCCAAAUCCACCACCACUUUCAAAGUUUUAGAUCCUGCUACUGAGGAGGUAAUCGACGAAGUUCCGGACCAAACCCCGCAAGAAAUUGCUGAUGCAAUCCAACUCACAAGUGACCGAUUCGAAAGCUAUAAGAGUACCAGUGCAAACGAGCGGUCUCGCUGGUUGCGCAACUUGUACAAUCUUAUGAUGGAAAAUCUUGAUGACUUGGCUGCCAUGAUUACAUUAGAGAACGGAAAGUGCUUAACCGAUGCGAUCGGCGAGGUGAAGUAUGCUGCGUCAUACUUUGAGUGGUUUGCCGAAGAGGCGAAGAGAAAUUAUGGUCACACUAUCCAACCUUCCAAUCACAACAAUAAAGUGAUAACCUACAGACAGCCUGUUGGGCCAGUCGGCUUGUUAUGUCCAUUUAAUUUUCCAUUGGCCAUGGGUGCCCGUAAGGCAGCACCAGCCCUUGCUGUCGGGUGUCCUUGUAUUUUGAAACCAGACGGACAAACUCCGUUUUCCUCGUUGGCGUUGGCAUACUUAGCAGACAAGGCAGGUUUUCCUAAAGGUGUGUUCAAUGUGGUGACUGUUUCGGUCGAGUCCACUCCAAAAUGUGGCUUGGAAUUCUGUGAGUCACCUUUAAUUAAGAAAAUCUCAUUCACAGGCUCGACUCCUGUGGGGAAGUUGUUGAUGAAACAGUGUUCAUCAACUCUCAAGAAGUUAUCGAUGGAAUUGGGAGGUAACGCACCUGUAAUUGUUUUCAGUGACGCGAAUUUGGAUCUUGCAGUGGAACAAGCGGUUGCCUCGAAAUUCCGUUCCUUGGGCCAAACAUGUGUAUGUGCUAAUAAGCUCUAUGUUCAGUCUAAGGUUUACGAUGAAUUUGUUGAAAAGUUCGCAGAGAAGGUCCGCAACUUCAAAAUCGGGAACGGUUUCGAGGAAGGAGUAACUCACGCUUGUUUGAUCAAUACGAAGGCCAUCGAAAAAGUGGAAGAUCAUGUCAAGGACGCUGUUUCGAAAGGUGCAAAGGUUGUAGUCAAAGGCGGUCGCCUUCCUGAAUUGGGCAAGCACUUUUACGCUCCAUAUGUUUUGAAGGACAUUGUUCCAGGCAUGAAGGUUCUCGAAGAAGAAACAUUUGGACCUUUGGGUGCGAUUGCCAAAUUUGAGACGAAGGAGGAGGUAAUCGAAGAAUGUAACAAGUCAAGAUUCGGCUUAGCUGCUUACAUUUUUUCCGAAUCAUUGAAUACCGUUUACACAGUUUCGGAGGCUUUAGAAACCGGCAUGGUGAGUGUAAACACUGGUAUUUUCACAGACUGUGCUAUGCCCUUCGGAGGUGUAAAAGAAUCUGGUUUUGGUCGCGAAGGUUCCUUGCAUGGAAUAGAUGAUUACACUGUCAUUAAAUCGAUUACCUUGGGAAAUGUGUAUAGUUAA